GGCAUCCAUCCAUCCAUCUAUCUAUCUAUCCAUCCAUCUAUCCCGGGGGUGGGAACGAAGCCCGGAGCGGAUCUGGAGGCGGAGGUGGAGGUGGUGGUGGGGGGGGAGGAGGAAGGAAGAGGAGGCAGCGAGCGGGAAGGAGAGGAGAAUGGUGUCGCCGGUUACCGUGGUGAGCUCGCCCCCCCCCGGGCCAGGGCCCGGAGAUUGGGAUGGGACCAGACUUUGUUUACCUGUGAAAAGUGAGGGACCUAAACUGGUGCCUUUCUUUAAGGCAACCUGUAUAUAUUUUGUCCUCUGGCUGCCAACCUCUAGUCCAUCGUGGUUCAGUGCACUGAUCAAGUGUCUCCCUAUCUUCUGUCUCUGGAUGUUCUUGCUGGCUCAUGGAAUCAACUUCCUCGGAACACAGCCCAGUGCGAGAAAGAUCUUGGCAGGCCUGAUAUUUUCUGCUUUGGGGGAUGCAUUUCUCAUCUGGCAGGAGCAAGGCUACUUUAUUCACGGCCUGCUCAUGUUUGCCAUCACGCACGUCCUCUACUCCUCAGCCUUUGGCAUGAAACCCAUGAAGCCUGUGCCCGGUUAUGUGGUGAUGGUUAUCUGCGGAGUCUCUUACUUAAUGCUGUACCCGUACCUCUCUGGUCCCUUCACCUACCUGGUGGCAGUUUACAUCACUUUGAUCGGAUUCAUGGGCUGGCGUGCUAUUGCUGGGAUGCAACUCUUCAACGACCUCUGGACGUGGACUAAGCUAUCUGCCUGCCUUGGAGCUGUGCUCUUCAUGGUGUCCGACCUCACCAUCGCAGUCAAUAAGUUCUGCUUCCCUGUGCCUUACUCCAGGGCCAUCAUCAUGGCCACUUAUUAUGCUGCCCAGAUGCUCAUUGCUCUGUCAGCAGUGGAAUGCAAGGACGAUCAUGAUAGAACCAUUCAAAAAAUGAACUGAGGCACAAUCUCCCCUUGCACAAUAACAAGCAUUGCUGAGUUCCAGUGGGACACAGAAACCUGCAAAAACUAUGGUGUGAAUCUGAUUUCAAGCCACAUGGUUUAUUUUGAUAGGUUUGCUUCUGUGUUAGCUCAUUGUACCUUACGAGUAGUGGUCUUCAGUCAGGUGGGUGAGAGGACAUUGGCUGAUGCCAGCUAAGGUGGGUCUUCAUCUGACCCCUGAUGAGGUGGUCUUUCUCCCACUGCAGUUCUGUGCGGUAAGCCCUCUACUCAUCAGUAACUUGAUGGAAGUUGUCCAUAUUCAUUUCAGUUGCGAACCCUAGAAUCGGAGUGGGAGAAAGAUUGCAAGCGAGCAGGUCUCACGAUAGCAAAAACUGAAUGAUGUGACAAUCAGGUUAAUCUGAAACCUGUCUUCCUGACAAUAUUCCUAAAUUCCCUUUGCUUCAAAUCUGGAAGCUUUAUAACCAAUACCUGUGAAUUUAUGUAUGUUUCGGGGAGAGGUUAAACCAGCACUUAAAGGCAAUUGGAUAAGAUUUAACAGUGAAUAUAAAUGAAAAGGAUCCAUACAAAGUCGUGAAAACUGACAAACAGGGAAAGAUCAGGUCCAUUUAAGUUUAUCCCACACUGAUGUGAUAUCUUGCACAUUACAAUGCAUCUCUACCCUAUUCCAGUGGGAAGCUAUGUAAUCUCCAUGGAGAGUUCAAGAAAUGUAAAUGUCCAGCCCAUUUAAGGAGAGGAAUUGUGGAAAAAUGCUUUUCUGACUUCUCAAGGGAUUAAUCUAGUCCAGGAGACUACUCUUACUUUGACUAUAUUAUACAGUACCUGCCUCUUGCUUUAAAACAAAAAGUCACUGUUUCAGGGAAAAAAGUAGAGGAACAGGGCUGCAGUACAUAGCUCCUGUUAGCUGACACAGUUUUCAUGGCCAAAUUUCUUCCUCCAGUGCUUGCAAAAUUGUUUUAAAAUUAUGUACCUUUUGCUGGAAUCCUUUCUGUGCAAGCAUCUCUUUGUUUGCAGCAACUAACCUAAGGAAUCGCCACCCUACAAAAUAAGGUGGAUUUCAAUCCUUCACUCUUGAGUAAGCAUCCGCUUUUCCGUGUUGUAGAUUGGAAGUAGUGGGGAAAAAAAUAACCCUUUUACUGUUCUGUGCUGCAGAGGACAAUUGAUCCUUUUAUCCAGUACACGCUGGUGCUAUUUGACAUAUAAAUGUCUGUUUGGUGUUGUAAUUUUCCGAGUCUAUGCUCGUGAUGAGGGGCAGAAAAUUGAUGAAAGAUUAUCCAUGAAUUUUGGGCACAUUGGCCAAUGGGUGGUACUCCCCAUAAUAUACUCAAAUUUAGACUCAUAAUGAAAAUGUAACAAUCUCAUCAAUUUUAUAAAGCAAAUUUCUGUUUUAGUUUGCUCCUACUCUGAUUUCCUCUUCUGCUUCCCCCCCCACCUGGAAAGAGGUGAGACAAGAUGGUGUUUGCAUUGAAGGAUGCCAUCUGGUAUAUCACUAUAUAUAUAUAUAUAUAUAUAUAUAUAUAAGCUGAUCCAGAUACAUCGGGUGAUAGAAGAUGGCACAACUGUGGUGGUACAACCUUGCUCUCACCCCAUGUCUGUGCAUACUUUCCAUUUCUGUCUGUGUGGAGUUUGCAUGUUCUCUCUGUGACCACAUGGAAUUCCUCCAGGUGCUCCACUACCCUCUCACAUCCCAAAGAUGUGCGGGUUUGUAGGUUAAUUGGCCUCCAUAAAUUGCCCCUAGUGUGUAGGGCGUGAAUGCGAAAGUGGGAUAACAUAGAACUAGUGUGAAUGGGUGGUCGAUGGUCAUCAUGGAAUUGUUGGGCCAAAGGGCUUGUUACCAUGCUGCAUCUCUAAACUAAACUAACAAUUUAACCUGAACCUUAAUGAUUUGUACAGCUUAGCUUUUCUGUAAGAAACUGAUAAUUUCAAUGGUCAUUUAGAUCUAACUUACUGACUGAGUUUAAACUCUGUAGAUUUUUCUUGCAUUGCAAGAAGAAACGGCAGAAACUGAAAGUCGCCUUCUCAAUCCAUUAUUUUAUCGUAUUUAAUUAUUCUUUUGAACAAGUGCACAUGCAAUUUGCUCACCUGGAAGGACUAAAAAAUUACGAAGGUUUAUAAAAGACACACCCUGUGUGGGAGUCCUUUGUCAAAGAACCUGCAUUAUGUAAUUUUUUUUCUGGAUUUGGUUGGUAGGGUGCUCUAGAAUGUCAGCUUUCUGUUUAAUUAUUUAAUGAGUGGAGAUGAGGGAGAUGCUUUGAACCAACAAAAUAUUGCCACUGGACUUAAAAACCUUCCUUUUUAAGUUACAUCAGAGCACAGCUUUCUUUUAUAUUAAUUUAUUCUCGGCUUUCUCACUAUAAAUCACCCAGUGUUUCUUGUUUAUAUUUAUUUUAAUGUGGAGAGGGUUUACAGUACCAAGUGAAAAUGUUUAAGGCCAAAACAGUGUUACCAACCAGAAUUUUAAAAUGUAGGUAAAACUACUUACUGAAGAUUUCAACAUAUACCGGCAUGCAUGCAAGUAUCUUGUCAGUAUAGAGACAAUUAUUGUUACAUGUUGCAUGUAUAUAUAACCAUUUCUUGUAUCGCCAAUAUAUAGUAUAACUGCCUUCUAUUUUUACAUGAGAACAUUAGCCUAACUCUCCUUUAUCUGCUGAUUAGUGUGCUUUAAUUGAAAUCACUUAACUUUGCAAUGAUCAACGAUCAAACCUUGGAACUUCCUUGCAUCAUCAUUCAGUUCAGUUGAGCCAUCAGGUAUAGAUAAUCUUUAAAUAAAAUGAUUGAUCUUUAGAAUUAUGAAUGUCAUGGGGUAACCAAUAACUGUCAUCUUUGAGCUUUCCGAAUGGUGUCAUAACACCAAGAGCUGACCUUCUCUAACCAACAAUUUUGUUACUAUGCAUGUCACUGAAGGGCAAAAAUAGUUAUUGCAAUCACAUCUCGGUGUCGUGCCCAGCUUCUCAGCAAAGUGCAUUGGUGAAAAUGUAAAAUCUUUAUGCAACGUCUAUUUGAGCUUAUGAAAAAUCCAAGUAAUACAUUUAGAGAUUUCAUCCUUCCAAAAGAGGUUGUUAAAGGAGAAAUUAUUCUGAGCUCUGUAAAGUAAGGAUAAAGUUUUAGCCAUUGCAGGUUUGUCUCCAAUGGUCUUCAAGAAAAGCACAUUGAAGUGAUAAUGAAACAUGUACAAAAAGCAUAUGCAUGUUACAAAAUAAUGGUUAAAUUAUUUUACUAUUCCUUCCCACUGAGUGUAUUAUAAAUAUAUUAAGCACAGUGUAUUUGAUUAAAUACUGAGGGGGCUAUUGUAUCUAAAUGAACAAAGAAUUAUUCUUAAAAAAAAUGUUUUUAUUUUUAUUUCAUAAUGCACUGAAAUAUGCAAAAUUGUCUCCACAAAGUGGGCUGACAUGCAACAAAUUAAGUAUUUAAGAUUGAGAAUGGUCAUAGUGAGAUUAUUCUAACAAAAGCUUUGAGCAAAGAGUACACUUGCAUGGAAAGUGAAGAACUAGUGCAAAGCAAGAUCUCGUCUGUAAAGAGCAGUAGUGAAGACAAAGUAAGUGAAUGUAAUGUUAUAUUAAAUGUUGAUUUCAAGCAAAUAUGGAGGGAUGUAAGAAGCUCCUAAGCUUUGAGCUCAUGGUGAAGAAUAUGUUAACGUCGGAGACAAGUGCGAUGAACUUUGAUCUCAAAUGGAGUGUGGAAAAGAUAAGGUUAUAAUGUGGAACUGAAAAUGGCGAAGGAAGGAAGGUCAAAGGAUCUUUGAUUGCUGUAUUACUGUCAUGGGAAAAUAUGGCAGGUUGCAAUUAAGGGGGAGAGAGGCUCAAUGCCCGCACCCAUAUUACAAUUCAAUUCAAUUCAAUUCAACUUUAAUGUCAUCGCACAAAUACAAGUAUCAGUACAACGAAAUGCAGUUUUGCGUCAGUCCGUAGUAGUUGUACAUAAAGAGAAAAAACAAGAAAAAAAUAGAAAGAGAGAAGAUACAGAAUAAUCAGGAAAUACAGAAUGAUUAAACAAAGGGGGACGGAGGGACCAGAGAAAUCUAUCGUCGGGACUCCGAGUUCAGCAGUGUGAUUGUGUUGUUAUAGAAGCUUUUCCUCAUCCUGCUGGUACGUGACCUGAGGCUCCUGUACCGCCUCCCUGAUGGGAGGAGGGCAAACAGUCCAUGGUUGGGGUGUGAGGGGUCUUUGAUGAUCUUCCCAGCCCGUCUCAGACACCGUUUUCGGUGGAGGGCAUCCAUGGCAGGGAGCGGGGCACCGAUGAUGUGCUGCGCGGUUUUCACCACCCGUUGUAGUGCUUUCCUGUCCGCAGCAGUGCAGCUGCUGUACCAUACCGUGAAGCAGGUAUGGUACAGCAGCAUUACAACAUAAAUCUCUGAUUUUGCAGAAAUCCUUUCUUUGCAUUGUCUCCAUGGUUAUGUGAGAGGGGCAUGAAAAGCUUGGGAAUUUUAAUAGUGAGACGCAAAAUGCUUUUAGUGUAGACUUUUGAAAUGACAUUUAGAUGCUUGUGAAGAAAUCAUCAUACAUGCAUAUGGCACUUUUCUGUUCAGAGAGAACGGAAUAAAUCAGUUAAUAUUUCAAGUUUGGAACAUUUUAUCAUCUUCAUCCCUUUCACAAUUUGCAUGUAAUAAUACUGAUUAUAACCUUUCUGCUUUUAGUUGAAAUGAUCUAACACAGAUCACCAACAUUAGAUUUUUGGUUUCAUUCUGGAAAACUGAUGCUGUGAGUUACUUACAGCUGUAUUGUUUGAUGUCUGUUGAUGUUGGAAAAAUAACUUGUAUUGUUACUGAAACACAGCAAACUACAAGAAUGCUGACUGUGAAUAUGAUUGGCUUUGGACUUUGUUCAGGAAUUUGUAAUCCCUAUCAAUGGUACUGUGCAGUAUUUUUUUUUAUUAAUUGAACUAUCGAAACUGCCAUUAAAAAUCCACCAGCUGAAGUAUAGCUUUGGAGUGGACUAACAUAAACAAUAUGUACAAGAUUAUUAGUAUAAUUAAUACAUGAAUGGUAAGCGUACGAGCCAGUGUUAAUACUGGUACUUGUGCAGUUUAUUUUGGAUUAAAGGGAACAAUUUCCUGUCAUUUAAUUUCUGGCAUAUUCAUCUCUGUGUAUGUCAAAGUUAGCUCAGACACAGUUUAUUCAAAGUGAAAGGGAAUGAUUCUCCCCUGUCCAGUUCUGUUCUGACUCUUUGUUACUCAAUUUUGGCUCCGGCAAUUUUUGUACUGAUAAUAAUUGCCUGACAGCUGAGGAGUUAUUUCUUGUUGAUAGUGUUGAUGAAAUAUUCCUUUAGCUGGAAUGUUAAGUGGACAUAAUUUCUCGUAGCAUUCAUCACUUAUGAAACCAGCAUACAUUUUGCUCAUGUAGUAUUUAGAUCUACAUGUGGCAAUUUGUCAUUGUGAUUCAUUGAAAGAACAAUUGGCUCUAUCAGAAGGUUGUCUUUUCAAAUUCUUCAAGGUGGGUUAUUUUGCUCGCGGGCUAAUAUUUUGAUAUGCUGUUUUUUUUUCUAGAUGUUGUCCACCCAUUGAAAUAGUACUUUGAGACCCUUUUUUUGCCCAUUUGAUUUUCUAACCCCAUUCCAAAGCAUGGUGUGCUCAUGAUCCAACUAACCUCUUUGUGAACACCAGUAAAAAAAAAUGAAGUGGUCACUCAUUGGCGAAAGGUUGUGUGAGGAGAAUAAAACAUUUCAUUUGCUGCACUUUAUAUUUAUAUUAAGGUGAAAACAUUCUUCAUAAAUGCAAAGGUACCAUGUCAUGGAUUUAAACAUUUAAUCUAAACUUGGAAAACCAAAUUUAAAUUAUAAUCCUUUUUCUAAUUUUUAUCAUUUAUCUUAUUUAGAAUUGAAAUGAACCAGAAUAAAAACAACUUUUUUAAAUUUCAUGAACACUUGAUUUUCUUCCUUCCUUUCCCUGAAAACUAGUUUUGUGGCCUUCAGCACCUUUAUAUUUUGCACGUGUGAAAAUAUACAGUCACAGGGACCAUACAAUCGAGGCUGGUCUGCCCUAACCCAUGUUAAAAUAGAAAAUGGUGGAUAUAGAUUUGGCAUAAGAAUCCCGAGUUACUUCUCUUCCUGAAAGUCAUGGUGACCAAUUGCACCUAUUGACCAUUGUCAGAAUCUAUGCAUUAGAGUCAUAGUUAGAGAGUGGGAAAACAACCUUUUGGUUCAUGCCGACCAAAAUGCCCCAUUUACACUAGUUCCACUUGACCUGUUUAGUUCCUAUCCCUCUAAACUUUCCUGUCCAUUUAUCUUUCCAAAUGUCUUUUAAAUAGUGUUAUAGUACCUGCCUUAACUACCUCCUCUAGCAGCUCGUACUAUCUACCCAUCACCCUUGGUGUGAAAACGUUGCUCCUCAAAUUCCGAUUAAAUCUUUACCUUAAACCGUUGUCCUCUGGUUCUUGACUCCCCUCCUUUGGGUAAAACACUCUGUGCUUUCAGGGUGUCUAUUCCACUCAUGACGUUAUACACCUCUAUCAUGUCAUCCCUCAGUCUUGUACGCUCUAGUGAAUACAUUCUUAGCCUGCCUGACCUCUCCCUAUAGCUCAUGCCCUCAAUUACUGGCAACAUCCACAUGAAUCUUCAUGGCAAUGUUGAUUAGCGAAAAGCGUUUUAUCUUUACUGAUGAAAUUCUUGCACUGAUUGCUAUCCUACUUUACUUUUUAAAUACUUAUAAUGCAUUGUAGCAAAGAAUGCCAUUGGGUCCAUGCUGACUCCAUUCUGAUCAGUCCCUUAAUCUCCCUUAAUAAUAAUAAAGUCAACUAAUAUGAAAUUCCUUUCAAAUUUAAGAAUAAGUGUUAAUCUAUUUAUUGCUAGCCAUUAUUAAAAUACUGAACAGAGAAACUUGGCAUGGCCACAUAAAGUGAUAUUCUACGUGAUAUUCCGAGGUAUUAUUUGUAAUUACUUUCUCCUGGACACAGCAUAAUCCAUUAUGAAAGUGUUUCUUGGAUAGAGAACAGUAUUAGAACCUAGCAAAGGAUAAAUGUUUUAUACAAAAGUAGCAAAAAGUUUGUGAUGUAAUCAUUCUUUGAUCUUUUGAUGAAUUCAUGUGUCCUCAACACAUGCAGUGCCCCCCGUACUGUUUGGGACAAAGACCCAUCAUUUAUUUAUUUUCCCCUGUACUCCACAAUUUAAGAUUUGUAAUACUGGUAGAUAAAAUCACAUGUGGUUAAAGUACACAUUGGCAGAUUUUAUUAAAGGGUAAUUUUAUACAUUUUGGUUUCACCAUGUAGAAAUUACAGCUGUGUUUAUACAUAGUGCUCCCCCCCCAAUUUCAGGCACCAUAAUGUUUGGGACACAUGGCUUCACAGUCGUUUGUAAUUGCUCAGGUGUGUUUAAUUGCCUCCUUAAUGCAGGGAUAAGAGAGCUCUCAGAUCCUACACUUUCCUCCAAUCUUUCCAUCACCUUUGGAAACAUUUAUUGCUGUUUAUCAACAUGAGGACCAAAGUUGUGCCAAUGAAAGUCAAAGAAGCCAAUAUGAGACUGAGAAACAAGAAUAAAACUGUUAGAGACAUUAGCCAAACCUUAGGCUUACCAAAAUCAACUGUUUGGAACAUCAUUAAGAAGAAAGAGCACUGGUGAGCUUACUAAUCGCAAAGGAAAUGGCAGGCCAAGGAAGACCUCCACAGCUGAUGACAGAAUUCUCUCUUUAAUAAAGAAAAAUGCCCAAAUACCUGUCCGACAGAUCAGAAACAUCCUUCAGAAAUCAGUGUGGAUUUGUCAAUGACCACUGUCUGCAGAAGACUUCUUGAACUGAAAUACAGAGGCUACACUGCAAGAUGCAGUCCACUGGUUAGCUGCAAAAAUAGGAUGGCCGGGUUACAGUUUGCCAAGAAGUACUUAAAAGAGCAACCACAGUUCUGGAAAAAAGGCUUGUGGACAGAUGAGAUGAAGAUUAACUUGUGUCAGAGUGAUGACAAGAGGAAAGUAUGGAGGAGAGAAGAAACUGCCCAAGAUCCAAAGCAUACCACCUCAUCUGUGAAACGGUGGUGGGUGUGCAUCAGCUAAAGAUGGCUGCAAUACAGGCCUGGCAGAGCAUCUCCAGAGAAGACAGCAACUGGUGAUGUCCAUGAAUUGCAGACUCCAAGCAGUCAUUGCAUGCAAAGGAUAUGCAACAAAAUACUGAACAUGACUACUUUAAUUUACAUGACAUUGCUGUGUCCCAAACAUAAUGUUGCCCAGAAAUGGGGGCACUAUGUAUAAACACUGCUGUAAUUUCUACAUGGUGAAACCAAAAUGUAUAAAAUCUGACAAUGUGCACUUUAACAACAUGUAAUUUUUUUUCUAUUAUAAAUCUCAAAUAGUGGAGUACAGAGGCAAAUAAAUAAAUGAUGGGUCUUUGUCCCAAACAUUAUGGAGGGCACUGUAGCAUGUAAUUAUUAUGGGAGAAAGAAGACACAAAAGUGCUGGAGUAACUCAGCAGUUCAGGUCUCAUCUCUUGGGAACAUGGAUGAGAUGCGUUUCGGGUCGGGAAACUGCCCAUUAAUUCGCUGCGGCCUUCUCUACGGACAAAGCAGACUUUCUUCUGUUAAUAAGCAUUGCCGUUCUAAUAUGGGGGUGCUCCAUUGUCCUUGAUCCAUUCUCCUUGGGAACAACAACUGGGUGCACUAGCUGUUAGAAGCCAAGUGAUGUGGUCCCAUCUCCGAGCACAUUGACCUGAUGUUCUGUAGAUCUGAAGGACAGGCUAAAGGCAAGAAGAUAACUGUUUUGUAUCCUCCUGUGGGUAGUUGAAAGGAUGUGUGGCAGGUUUACAAGGUUGCUUGGAUUGCAGGCAUUCAUGGUGGACAGGUUAGCAGCUGUGUGCAUGCCAAUGAUUUUUAAUGAGUUAUGAGAAUUAUGAGUUGACAGUAAAUGAUGUUUAUUUAAACUAGGUUAAACGCAAGUAUUUUUGUAGAACUUUCUUUCCUGCUAUGUGAAUGAUGCAUCACACUUAUUAGUGAACAUAAAUGAAUGAGAUAAACUAUUAAUAUUUGUGUUUCAUCUGCUGGUAAAUAGAUUUCUUCACCCCAAGGGGUCACACCAAGGCCUUCACACCAGUAUCCAGUCAGUAUUGCAAUUGGUGGGAUUGGUGGUCUUUCCAAUUAUUCAUUGCUUUGUAGCAUUCCUGAAAUGUUUAUAAUUUCCAGUUUUCUCUAUUCAUCUCCGAACAGUUAUAUUUCAUGAUGGCAGUGAUUCUAUCAACACCAGGCAGCUUGUUUGCAUUCUGCUCCACUGUCUAUUUCUUAUCUCUCGUGGGGUCAGAGGCCAAAUGCUCGCAGACUUUCACAACUUAGCCCAGUCCUAUUCGCACUUUACACAGUUACAGUAGUGGUCAUAGGACAGCUUUUGUUCAUGGGAAAUCUGACUGAUUUUUAUUCCCUUUGUAAGGGUAGGCGGUCAGGUAAUGUGUUCACUGCCUCCUUGGUUGAGAUUACACGUUUGCCAGGUUGUCAUGAAUUUCUUACUGUGUGCUUUGGAGUAUUUCCCAUUGUGAAGAUCCUAACUGGGUCAACUGAGAACUAAUGCAUUUCAAAUCCCUGUCCAAUCUCCUUUAUCAUUAUUUUUGAGCAUCAUGUUUUUUAUUUGUAUUUUCUAGUCUCCAGCCAUGAAAUGAUCGUUCAUAAUGUGUCUCCUUGAAUUUUGUUUGUACAUUGUACAACACCCUAAUAUAAUAGAACAGCUGAGGUCAGGAACUUGGUGGUAGAUGGGGAGAGAAAUUUAACCUGCGCUUUAUUAUUGCCUUUACAAUUGGUGCUCAAGUAGACGGGGCCAGUUUCUCACCGCUUUUCCAUAUUUUAUUUUCUCAUUGUCAUGUGAUAAUUAUGAUUUGAACUAACAUACGUUGGCCACAGACAUUGUUAAAGGCAUUAGAGAACUUCAUUAUAAAAAUGGUUCCUUUAUUAAGUAAGUAUUGAUGACAUGUCUUUUUUUUCAAAAAGGGAAAGCACAAAGAGCUUGAUAGCAAAGAUGCUGAGAGAGUUUGCAAUUAGAUGCUAGGCUAGUUCAGCUGCAACACCAGAGGAGCAAGUCUCAAAUGCUGAAUAGUCUUUUACCUUUCCUUUAAAAAAAAAAUCACUAGUAGCAGGUAUGCUGAAGGUAGCCAAAGGAGUAGUACACAUUGCAUUCUAAAUAGAAGUUUUGUUUAAGGCAUAAGUUUCAUGAUUGUUUAAAGGAGUUAUUUUGGUCAGUAAGGAUGAUUUGUAAUCUAGAAAUCUAUUCACCAGUAUCCAAGAAGAAUGAAAGCGAUCUGCUUAUUGUUGUUUCAUAUUGUCUGAUGACCCCUUAAAUUUAGUUGAAUUUGUAAACCUUAUAAGAAACAACAACAAAUAGAGAGUACAGGAUUGCAACUGUCAUUCACAUUGAAAAUGGUUAAGAAUGUAGAGUUUAUUUUUAAUUUAAGAAAUGUAUUAAAGUUAAAGGCAGCGCAGUAGUACAGUUGCUGCCUUACAGUGCCAGAGACACAAGUUCGAUCCUGACUGCAGGUGCUGUCUGUUUCGAAUUUGUAUAUUCUCCCUGUGACCACAUGGGUUUUCUCCGGGUGCUCCGGUUUCCUCCCACACUCCAAAAACGUACAUGUUUGCAGGUUAAUUGGCUUUGGUAAAAUCGUAAAUUGUCCCUACUGUGUAGGAUAGUGCUAGUGUAUGGAGUAAUCGCUGGUCGACGCAGUGGACUGCAGGGCCUGUUUCUGCACUGUAUCUCUAAAGUCUUAAGGGAAAUUGAGUGUUAUUCUUUAUUUUGACAAUUGGUUUGAAUGUUUGUGUGAAGUCUGAAAUGAAUGUGAAUCUGUCUGCAGGGACACCAAAGGCCUGAUUUCUGUUGGCUCUUUGCUAAUAGCUAAAGAUUGGGCUUUCUAUUUUACAGUAAUGAUUUAGGGAAUUCUAGUUUCACUUUCGGAAAGUAUAGACUACUGACUCUCUUAAACAUAUAAUUGAGACCUGUUGUAUCUUACAGUAAGCCAUCUUAUUUUGGACUACACAUUGAGUUUUGUAUUAUUGUGGCAGAAGAUUGUUAGAGGCCUGUCCCACUUUCGUGACCUAAUUCACGGCCUUUGCCGAGUUUGCCCUUGACUCGUACUCGCAGCAUGGUCUUCACGCGGUCGUAGGUAGGUCGUGAUGCUAGUCGUAGGUACCCGUGGCAUUAAGUAGGUCGUGGCGUUUUUCUACCCUGAUGAAAAUUGUCCACGACUAAAAAAAUUCUCCACGAGUAAUUAGGUCGUGAAAGUGGGACAGACCCUUAACCCUAUUUUAGAAUUAUUUUUAUUAAAACAUGGUUCCAAUUUUGUAAUGAUUGAAUCAAAGUGUUGCUGUGUAUAAUUACCAUGCAAUAAUUACUGAUGUAUUGAUUUCUUUACAUUGGGAACAACACUUUUCACAAUGGACCAUUUCCUGUCUUGUUGAUCUAUUCUAUCUAUAAUGCCGCUGGCCAAUUAGUAAGUAUUGUGUUACUGAGCUUUGAGCAUGGAUUUGCUGUUGGUGUUAUCCUAAUCUAUGCAAUGAGUAAUCUGAAUUUUAUUAUUUAAAAUGGGAUUUGCCUUCUAUUUGUACGUUUGAUUAGUGUAUCCUGGUUUAUUUGUCUUUGGUUUCAUGGUAAAGAGCAUAAUUUUGACAUUAAACUAACACUGGCGUGAAGUUGUUCAGUGGCAAAAUAAAAUAGAAUAGAAUAGUUUCUUUAUUGUCAUUGUAACAUGAACC